AUGCAGAUAGCCUCGUGGAAACGACCCCUCGCUCGCCUUGUUGGCUUCACCGGCAUUGUGCCCGCUCUUCUAACACUGUGUAACGCCUUUACUCAAAGUUUCUGCUUGAUCAAGAUGGGCGCAGACCAUGCAACGUCAACCUGGAGACUGCUAGUAGCUUGGUUCAUCAUAGGACUCAACAUUGUAUUGAGCUCACCUACUUUGCCACUAGCUCUAGUGAAGCUCAGGAUCUUCCAGGGGAAAUUCCGCCCUCGCCUUCGUCUCGUUGGGACAGACGUGCCACUUGUAGACGUGAUAAUUCCCUGCUGCAACGAGUCACUCGAUGUGCUUCAAGACACAAUUCUAGCAGCCAUUGCACUCGACUACCCAGAAGAUCGAUUCCGAGUAAUCGUGACUGACGAUGGUGGAUCUGCACAUCUCAGAGCUUGGGUCGCUGAGCAAGGUCAACACAACCUAUACUACACGGCCCGCGUCAAGAACGGCUCGUCUGGGUUCAAGGCAGGCAAUCUCAACCAUGCAAUUCAAUUUAUCGAAACACAGUUAGCUCCGGAGCCGGCCGAGUUCAUUGCAUCCUUGGACGCCGACAUGAUCCCUGAAAAGAAGUGGCUGCGCGCUAUGACACCGCAUCUAGUCCUGAACCCGAAGAUGGGAGUUGUUUGCCCAACCCAGAGUUUCUACAACUUUCCCAAGAACGACCCCCUUUAUCAAAGCCAGCUCAAUUCGUGGCGUUGUUUGGACAUUAUUCGGGAUAUGGCCGACAUUGCCUGGAAUACUGGGUCCGGCUUCAUUCUACGCCGCCAGGCACUUUCGGAUAUUGGCGGUUUCCCUACCGACUGUCUCGUUGAAGACGUCCACAGUUCGAUGCUGAUGAUGUCCAAGGGUUGGAAGACCGCAUAUGUGGCCGAAUCAUUGCAAUACGGCCUUAUGCCGGAGAGUUUUCUAGGUCACAUAAAACAAUUCACCAGAUGGGUAAGUUAG